UGCAGGGUUUACAAUUUUCUCCGAACAAUCAUCUAUGGAUACCCCGGAGAGCCCUACCCAGUCCCCACAGUCACCAGAGGAGGAGGAAAAGGGCAUCUCUGACAGCGAGCUCCUGGACUCGCCCGAUGGCCCGGAUCAGGGCGCCGUGUCGGACAGCGAGCUGCUGAAUGAUGAUGAUGAUGAUGAUGAGGAGGAGGAGGGGCGGGUGGAUGGAGAUCGCGCCAGUCUCGGCAGAGACUCUGACCUCGAUGACGAUGAGGAGGAGGAUGAAGGUCUCGGAAGAGGACGAGGUGGAGGUGGAGUUGGAGGGGGAGGUGGUGCUGGUGAUAGUGGUGUAGGUGUAGCAGUAAGGCACGACGCUGUGUCUGAUCCAGAGGACGAUGGCAUGGAUCAGUUAGAUUAUAGAAAUGCAGCCGAUGCUGCUGUUGACAUGCCAGGAGGACGCGCCGGUGGUGGUGGUGUAAUGAUGAUGGGAGCAGAUACAAACGCAAACAGUCAUCAGUCGGCCGAGGAAGACGACGAAGAGGAGGAGCGGGAGCAAGAACGGGAGCGCGAGGAGAGAAUCAGCCCCGAGUCACCCGACUUCGACCACGAGCAACAGGAGCAGGAGCAGCAGCACCGCAGUCCUCCCCGAGUCAGCCCCGAGUCGCCGGACUUCCAACACGAGCAGCAGCACCACAGUCCUCCACGCGUCAGCCCAGAGUCACCCGACUUCCAACACGAGCAGAAGCAGCCUCACAGUCCUCCCCGAGUCAGCCCUGAGUCGCCCGAUGGCGGCCUACCCGAAGAGGAUGAUGACGAUGAUGACGAGGAAGAACAAUCAGCCCGCGUCCCUCUCCCUUCUGCAAAGCCACCAGCGAGGCCCGGCCAUGUCGAGGAGGAUGAGGAGGAUGAUGAAGAUGAGGAGGAGGAGGAAGAGGAGAUGAUGGCGUCGCGGAGGAGGCGCGGCGUGGUGGUGGUCAGCGACGUGACCAAGGACGAAUCCUCCUCCGUGUCCCGCGAGCUGGACGAGCACGAGCUUGACUACGACGAGGAGGUGCCGGAGGAGGCCAGCGCGCCCCCGCCUCCUCCCAGACAGGAGCAGCAGCAGCGGACCGAUGAGGAGGAGGAGGAAGAUGAGGAGAAAAAGGCACAGCAGCAGCGGCGGGAGGAGGAGAAAGGGCCGGAGGAGGUCAGCCCCACCAAGCCCAAGAGGGAGCGCAUACUGCCACCCCCCUCCGACAAAGACACGCCGCCCAAGAGGUCAGACGACUACCGCGGGGGAGACCGCCUCAGAAGAGACUCCCUCAGAGACAAGAAGAAGGACGAGGACGAUGGAGAGAUCGAUGAGGGGGAGAUAGAUGAUGAUGAUCUGGAAGAAGGGGAGGUAAAGGACCCAAUGGAUCGCAAGAUUCGGCCCAGGCCUACCUGCAGGUUCUUCAUCAAAGGAAACUGCACCUGGGGCAUGAACUGCAGGUUUAUCCACCCCGGCGUGAACGAUAAGGGCAACUACUCCCUCAUCAGCAAGCCCGACCCCUUCUCACACAACGGGGGGCCCCAGGGAGGAGGACCACACCCCCUCAUGCCCAACACCCCAUGGGGUGCCCCUGCCGUUGAGGAGCUGCCCCCUCCCCCUCCCCCCAUGGAUCCCCCAGUAGAGAGUGCAUGGGAGAGGGGCCUGCGACAUGCCAAAGAGGUGCUGAAGAAGGCUACUAUUCGUAAAGAGCAGGAGCCAGACUUCGAGGAGAAGCGCUUCAACGUCACCAUCGGCGAGGACGAGCGCGAGUUCGACAAGGAGAACGAGUUCUUCAGGGAGCGUGGCUACCGCAUUACCCGGGAGAUCCGAGACGCUGGGGACAUGGAAUUCCGAGAGCUGGGCUAUGGGAAUGACCCGUAUGCUGACCCCUAUUACGACUAUGAGAUGGAGACGCUGUGGAGGGGAGGCCAGUAUGAGAACUUCAGAGUGGAGUACUCAGAGACCCCUUUACCAUACCACUAUGCAGAGCGAGAACGUGAGCGUGACCCGCGUGAGCGUCACCCGCGUGACCGCGAGCGAGAGAGGGAGUGGGAACGCGACCACCGCGAGCGUGAGCGGCGGCAGCGGGAGAGGGAACGGGAGCGAGACCGCGAGCGUGACAAGGAGCGGCUAGAGAGGCAGCAGCGACGCAAAGAGGAGUGGGAACGCGACCGCAUCAAACGCGAUGACAAGGAGCGCGGCGGCGGCGGCGGCCCGCGAGAACGAGCCCUGCGCGAACCCCGCGACAAGAAGGAUGACAAGGACAAGCCCAAGAUCCCCCGCUCGCCCGGCGGCAUGCCACCCAGAGGGCCUAUGGAGCCUCCGAUGAAGAAGGAUAUGGUUGCCAUGAUGAAGCGUCCGGAUGAGUGGAAGGACCCGUGGCGGCGGUCCAAGUCUCCACGGCGACGUCCCGGCAUGACCGGAUCCCCACCUCGCGGCCGACGCAGACACCGGCCCUCCGCAUCCUCCGUCUCACUAUCAAACUCCUCCAGGUCAUCGUCGCGCUCUUCGUCAUAUACCGGCUCGGGCUCGUCUCGCUCGAGAUCGCGCUCCUCAUACAGCUCUUACUCCAGCCACUCCUCACAGCACAGCUCCUUCAGCGGCAGCAGAUCACGUUCCAGAUCCUACUCCUCCUCGCCCUCCCCCCAUCCACCUGCCCAGAGGAACCCAGCCAAGGCCAAGCCUGACCAGCCUCCUCCUGCUUCCAAAGGGCCCAUGCAGAAGCCUGGCGGGAUGCCCCCACCGCGCCGAGACAAGCCCCCUCCCAAAAAGAUGCCCAGCCCCACCACACAGCCCAGCCAGCCCCCCACAGACGGACCCAAGCCCCCGCCGCCCAGGGGAGGAGGUGGAGGUGGACCAGGGGGAGGAGGAGGAGGUGGUGGAGGAGGAGGUGGUGGUGGAGGAGGUGGUGGGGGAGGGGAGCCUCCUGCCAAGCCACCCCCCAACGCCAGAGAAGGACGCCCCAACACCAGAGAAGGACGCCCCAACACCAGAGAAGGACGCCCCAACGCCAGAGAGGGACGCCCCAACAUCAGAGAGGGACGGCCCAACACCAGAGAGGGACGCCCCAAAGACAGGCCCUACCCACCAAGACCAAGGAGGCGGACGCUGAGUGGCAGUGUAAGUGGGAGUGGCAGCAGCUACACAGGCUCCAGCUCACGCUCUAGAUCCUCAUCAGGCUCGCGAUCACGCUCCGGAUCACGCAAGUCCAGGAAAUCCAGGUCUCUGAGUGUGAGUAGUGUGUCUUCUGAGUCGUCUGCCUCGUCCAGUAGUAGUUCUGUGCGUAGUGCCGACUCUGACGACAUGUACGCUGACUUGGCCAGUCCCGUGUCCUCGGCCAGCUCGCGGUCGCCUACGCCAGGACACCCCCGCAAGGGCCGGGAGGGCAGGGAGGGACGUGAGGGCCGCGGGCCCCCCAGGGACAACCAGGGGCCAAACAAAGACAGAGGCAAGCCCCCAAAGAAAGAGGAGCCCUUCAGAGACGAGCGGAGGCGUAUGAGUCCGUCAGGGCCCCCCUUCAGGCCCGGCUCGGGCGGCUCCAUGCAGCGAUCGGGCCCCAGCAACAGGGGCCACCCCAUGCACCCACACCACAUGGGGCCCCCGGGGGGCUACGGAUCACACAAGGACAUCAAGCUCACCCUGCUCAAUAAGCAGCAGCAGCCAGAUCGAGGCAACAGGAAACGUUUUUUCCCAUCCGAUAAGGAGCGGCCAACAUCCCCCCUCAGCAAGAGGAUAGCCAUGUCCCCAGACAGAGGUCGGGACAGGAGGAUGCCUGGAGGACGACCCCCCCUCUCCCCCAGAAUGGAGAGGCCCCGAGGCCAGGGCCCCCGCCUCAUGCCCCCACCUGGGGAAAGCCGAAAGCGACCGCUCUCCCCGUCGCCAUCCCCCAAGUCUUCUGGCAAGGGUCCAGGGUCCAUGCCGCCAGGCAAACCCACAGGCCCGGCCUCCUCUGGCUCUGCGGGCCCCGCCGGCUCUUCGGGCCCCGCCAUGCCUUCCUCCGGGUCUGCGUCUGGCUCCAGCUCUGCCAUGGGCGGUGCUGGUGCUGGUGGUGGUGGUGGUGCAGGAGGGUCGGGUUCUGGUUCUGGGAAGCCCAGCAACACGCUGAGCCGGCGAGAGGAGCUGCUGAAGCAGCUGAAGGCCGUGGAGGACGCCAUCGCUCGCAAGAGAGCCAAGAUACCCGGCAAGUAGAGCCGGCCGGACAUACGGACAGACAAGAUGGACGCACAGACAAGAUGGACGCCAAACAACAACGGGCCGCAGAUGACACGACACGACACACCGAAGGGAGGGGACCGCAGGAGGAGGGCGGAGGGGGGAGGAAUAGAGAAGAGAAGAGCCACACCUCCCUCUCUCCUCUCCUCCCCUGCUGUCUUUGUUAUUCUCUCUCUCUCUUUCCCUCUCCACCCCUGUUCAUCUGCCGCCUCCUCGUCCUCGUCCUCUUCCUCCUCCUCCUCCUCUUCCUCCUCUUCUUUGUUCUUCCACCCCAAACACCCUCUCAGCUGAGCAAAGCGCUCUGGUGGCUGUUCAUACAGUACGCAUCGGUCUCGGCGGCUGUUCGUACAGUACUCACGGCUCUCGCUGCAGAGAGGAAAAUGGAGGCAUGGACUAGCAGUUUGAAGACAGGAUGGACAGACGGAUUGAUGUAAAGAUGGAUGGAUGGACGGACGGACGGACGGACAAAUAAAAAAUAAAGAAAAGCAACAGCAAAAACAAACAAUCUAAAGCAGCAGAGAGCGUGGGCCGCCGCUGGAGAUGCCAGUCUUGGUUUGUGUGUGUCCUUUUGGGAGGGGUUUGUGUAGAUUUUAUACGGAUGUUGUAGAUGUGUGGAGAGGGAAGAGGUCACCCCUCUCCUCUCCUCUCCCUGAAAUGAACUCUAGGAGAUUUUCUUUUUCAUUUUUUAUUUUUAUUUUUUAUUAAUAACAAACAAUAAAUACAGUUCAUCUCUCCAGGUUCACUAAAAAAAGGCCCUCUACCCCACCUCUUUCUGUCUCUCUCUCUCUCUCUCUCUCUCUCUCUCUCUCUCUCUCUCUCUCUCUCUCUCUCUCUCUCUCUCUCUCUCUCUCUCUCUCUCUCUCUCUCUCUCUCUCUCUCUCUCUCUCUACUCCCCCGUGUUCUUGUCCUGUUUGUGAAUGGGAGCGCUGAGAAUAGGAAUUGCUGUGCUUGAUGUACGAUACACUGAAGAUUCUGAAGAUUAAGUGCGGCAUCUCGAUAACGUGGUGAUUCACCUUACAGCUGCGCUUUAUUUCUUGUCUAUUUGAUUUAUACGACCCAACACCCUCCUCUCAGUCCCUUGCCAGUGACCCCUCCUCCACCUUGUCCAAUGUGAUGUUGACUAUUUCUCAUUUCAAACUCUCAACUGUUUCAAGUCCCUAAACUGUUUGGGUGUUUUUUUCAACUGGUCAUCCUCCAAGUGUGUACAAUUAAUAGAAAGCCGAAGACAAGCAAGUUUCUUUUAAAAAGAAAAGUCUAUUAUUCUAGAGCUCGAAUGACAGUGAUGUGAAAUAUUGCUUUUUUUUUUUUUUUUAAUUUUAAAAAAUUGUUUCGUUUUCUAGCUCAACUCCAGUAAUAAAAACAGUUUUACUCGUCCCUUGUUUUGUUUUUUAGUUGAGACAAGUGUGAGAGGUUGUAUCUGGGACGUCUGAAAAUGAGGAGCUGCUCCCUCGAGCUUUUUUGUGACAGGAAAAAAAAAGCUUCUAAAUAAACUAUUUUGAUAAAGAGA